UACCUUUACAUUGUGCUUAGUUGAAGUAAAAAUCCGCAACACAAAACUGUAAUCUUUUUAAAAUAAAAACAAGCAUAGGGCAUAACUACCAAAAUGGGUUUGCGGUACGAAAAACAUUUUGAACGAUUUAGUUGUACAAAUUUACCAUUGCUGCGAAAAUUGUUAUCUGAACUCCUUGGGAUGUUCGCCUUCGUUUUAAUAGCAAGUAGUACGGUUGCCAGUGUAACAUUUAACAAGGAUUCCAGCGACGUUUUCACAAAUUCUACCUAUGAUUCCAGUGAAAUCUUGUACAUCAACGUUGGAAUUGCUUUCGGCUACACCAUUGGCUUGUACACCUGUAUUGAAAAUGUUGGCUAUUUAAAUCUAGCACUGACUGUAUUGUUCUGGUGCUUUGGUAAAAUGAAGUGGAAUGAUAUGGUGGUUUACCUGUCGGCACAAUUUAUAGGGGCAAUGUUGGCUGAAGCGUGUAUUUAUGGUCUAUAUUGCGAUGAAAUUGAACAAUUUAAAGAUAAUCCAAUGACGAGCCUUAUAUUCAGUUCAUCUGGAAAUAGUGACCCGUUUAUGCUAGCUGCCUUUGAACAGUUCCUGAAAACAAUGGUGUUCACCAUUGGUGUCAUGGCAGUAAUUGACGAACAUAAAGAUAAGCAGGAAGACUACCCACUCAACACCAUCAAACCAUCCAAGAGUUUUGAGCCUCUCAUGAUUGGGUUGGUUGUAUUUAUGGUAGGAAUCGCUUUCAGUCACUAUGCACGUUUCUAUUUCAACCCACUCCAAGAUCUUAGUGGUUUAAUAUUCGUAGCAGUUGCUAGCUUAAGAAUAAGCAUGAUGUGGUUGAUUGGUCAACUGAUUGUACCUUUGGUGGGUUGUUUUAUUGGUGCAUUAAUCUACAUAUCAGUUAUUGAAAACAAUCAUCAGAAACCUGUUGUCGAAUCUACCAGAGAGGGUGAAGAAUUGAAGAAUGUGCUUGAUGAUGGAAGUACUGGUAACUUACCAAAUCAAUAAAACAUCCAACCAUUGUUUAAUGGCCAAUUUACACUAUAUUCCUCGAUUUUUUUUAAAAUGUUUAACAAAAACCAAAUUCUAGACUUUUGCGUUAGUUUAUUACAUUAAUACUAUAAAAUCAGUUUAACAGAUAGUAAAAUACUGGCUUAACUCAAUGAUACAUUGUCCCCCAUUUUAUUUUGUAAAUGGUAAUUUGUAUGCAGAUCUUGUUUCUAAUGUCAGAUAUACCUACUGUAACACAUUUUUCGAUGUCUAAACUAUAUUUUAGAUACAUUUUCUUGUCCUACAAUACAAUAUUUUUUAAUGAUUUAACUGUACGUAGUCAUUUAACUUGUAUCUAAUAUCCGAGAUAUAUUCUUUGUCUUUUGCAAUACACUCACUUUUUAAUGUCUAAAGUGUAUUUGGAUAUAAUAUUUUUCUUGUAUCUUGUAUAAUAUUUUAAAAAUAUUCUGUAAUAAAGAGAAUAAAAUUAAAUAGUUUAUAAUUUAAGUGUUUUUUUUAAACUUUUGUUUUUGAAAUGUAUUAUGUGGAGCAUAGCAAAUCCGGGGACCUAGAAACAUCAACGGUUCAGCACACACACAGUGGCUACCACCAGAUUUAUUUAAAAUUAAGUUAUAGCAUUAUAUUUUCCGUAACCCAGGAUGGGACCCUUUCAGGUACUCUCUCUCUAGGUCAGGGAAACCAGGAACUUAUCAAGGGUAUAGGGGCUUCCCUAUAUUGACCACACUUUGCCUUUUGUAAAGCGUGUCUAUUGAUUCCCUUUCUACCAGCUAAACUAACAAAACUAUGAAACAUAGGACAUUACAAUACAAACUGUAGUCUUGAUUUAAAUUAGCAGGACUAAAUGCAUCCCCUGAAAGCCUUAAUCGAUGGAGCUCUCACAGUUGCUUCAGGAACCUUGUUCCACUGUUCGGCAGUUCAGGAAAAAACAGUUCUUAUGAUAGUCUGCAGAUGAUGUUGAGCUGUGAUAAGCAAGACUAUUUUCUCUUCUUUUCGAAUGUUGAUGGCUUUUAGAAGCAAGCCUCAUGGUGAUUGCAACUUUGACUAUAAUGGAUUUUAUAAAACUUGGCAAGACGGGAGUUUGUUCGCCACUCUUUCAGUGUCUCCCACCCCAAUCUGUUGAACAUUGCUGUUUUGCAAUUUGAUGAAUCAGUUAUAGCGCAAGUUAAAUGAAUACUGUGAAACAUUAACCAUCCUGUGUCCAUAGACAAUAACUUUAUACGGUCAGGAUGCCGUUUACGAAGUAUUUACUGAAGAACAUCUAUAGGCCUACAAUAUUAAAGUCGUUUGUCCUAACUUUAAUUGUUAUUUUUAAUAAAUCAUGCAGUCGAUAGGAACCUUUUAAAAUUGUUUUUUAUAUUAAGUGUUUUUCCUUUUUAUGGUGUUUUAAAUCAAAACUUUUAACUUGGGCGAUAGAAAUAUAUUUUACACAAUGUAUUUUAAAUGAAGGUUUAAUAUUUGUUUGUGUAUGAUAAAAAAACACUAGAUAAUGCUACGAAGUGCAGGCCAAUCUAGCGAAAAUUUCCAAUUGUAUGUUUUAUAUAAUUUGGCCAAUAACAGUUUUUGAAUUGGAAUUUUGAACUUCUAAACAUAGAACACUUUAAACCCAUAUAAAUUUAUACUUCCGUAAAUUAAAAGGAAGUACACUCUUUUAAAGGUUUUUAAAUAAAUAUUAUUACAGGGAAUUUUUAUAAGUUAUCAACCUCAGUACACACAUGCUAUAUCUAAUUUCUAACGAAUUCGUUUUUAUGCACGCACCGAAGUGAAAAGUUUAGCCUAAUAAAUUUUGA